GGUGAGCUGUUCAACUCAGGUCCACUAUGGACUAGACCCCAGUCGUAGACAAUUCUCACGGAUUUUUCCUGGUUGUUGCCGCUAGCUCUACUCUUUUCCUGUUACGGCUUCAGUAAUACCAGUAGCGAACUACGUCGAAUCGCACACCAUCAUCCCUUGAGCGGCAAGAGUCACGUAUCCCCGCAGUGCCCGCUGUAACCCCGUCUCGAUAUCUAUGCCGAUUCGCGACCAUGGGCAUCCUACUCUGGCACAGGGUUGCUAUGUCUGGCCUCUCCCUCGCUCGUCCAGGGGAUUCGUCUGCCUCCUGCUGCUUGGAAGCCUUGCCUGCCUCUUUUCCCCAAGCGCAGUGGCAGUGCGGAUACACGAAACAGAUGCCAUGAGUCUCUUGGAGCUGGCCUACUACUGGGACUACUUCGAAGGCACUGACACAUGGUCGUGGCGCUUUGCGGACUGCAGGGCCAUGGAUGGCAUCAAGUGUGAUGACGAUGGAUAUGUCAUCGCCAUACUGUUGUCCAACAAGAAGAUUGAGGCACCUAUUCCCGACAUGAUCAGCCAAUUCCAGCACCUCAAAUUCAUCUCGCUUAUGUCGUGUCAACUUACGGGCAUCAUCCCUGAUUCACUCUUUGAGAUCUCCUCACUUGUAUUUCUUGACCUCAGGGGCAAUACCGUCACAGGGACUCUCCCUACAGGCUUCAGCCGCUUGGCCCGCUUAGAGAGCAUAUACCUUAACUUCAAUCAGCUAUCAGGACCACUAGAGCCACUCUGCAACUUGCCACGGCUCCAAGACCUUGAUCUCGCAAGUAAUUUCUUCAACGGCUCAAUACCCAAUGGAUUCAGCAGUCUUACACUCCUCACUUACUUGCAUAUUGACGCAAACUAUCUCUCAGGAAGCAUUCCUUCUUCCUUCGGGCAUAUGACUUCUAUGGCAUGGCUCGAUUUGAGUUACAACCUGCUGAGUGGCAGCAUACCGGAUUCCCUCAGUCGCAUGCAGAAUCUCACGACCCUUAAAAUUUCAACCAACCAGCUAACAGGUCCCAUCCCCAGUUCUCUUGGAGCCAUACGGUCCCUGAUAAAUCUUGUUCUACCGCGCAACCUUUUGAGCGGCUCAAUUCCAGAAUCACUGGCAUCACUCCAGAAUCUUACAGGCUUAGUGCUCGAAUUCAACCAGCUGACAGGAAGCAUCCCCGCUGCUUUGGCCGAUCUACCUCUGUGGUACCUGUCGACCGCAUCGAACCCCACAUCAGGAUCCAUGCCAACAGCCUUUGGCAAACUCUCCAAACUGCUUGUGAUGGACCUCGAAGGCAAUCAGUUGCAUGGGACAAUACCAAGCACCCUCAGCAACCUUUCUAAGCUUCAAACGCUCCUGCUGGGGAACAACAAGCUCUCGGGACCUGUGGAUCACAUCCUGCGAAGCAUGACCAGCAUCACUGUGCUGUCCCUAUACAACAACCAUUUGUUGGGCCGCCUACCCUGCCCGGCACCUUCAAUCAUGGAGCAGUACAAUGUGGAGAACAACUUCUUCACGCACGGCGAGGUCAAAAUGAGCAACUGCUCGGCCGCUCAAUUUAACACCCGUGCAAACUGCCUUGCUCCUUCUUUAGCCAUUUGUGGCCGCACUUUCACCCAACGGCCUGCUACUGCCUGUGCUGCAUUCUGUGGUGUGGAGGUCGGUGCUGCUCGCCCUGUGUGUGAGGGGCAUGGCUACUGCUCUGUGAAUCCCUUCAUUGGCGCAGGGGAGUGUGUGUGCGAUCCCAACUAUAUGCUCAACAGCACCAACAGCAAGGCAUGUGUGGCUGGAGCCAUUGGGGCCUCUCUGGCGUCAGGCUCUGCCUACUUGUCUCUCCGGGGCUCUGCCUCUGUGCUUUCCAACGGCUCCAUUCUGCUCACAGCAGGGACGCCCAACCAGCAGGGUGCAGCAUUUGCCUCUCCCGCCCUGCGCCUCUUCCACUUCCCUGACAAGCGCUCUCCCUGCGGGAUUGAGCUCGCAUUUACAGCGGCCUUCAGCUUCGCCAUGAUUCCUGGGGGCCAGGGGGCGGGUGGAGAGGGGCUUGCGUUUGUGGUGGCAGCAGCUUCUCCCGGCAAGGGGGCGAGUGUGGGACUGGGAGGGGUGGGGCGGCGGAGUGUGGGAGUGGAGUUUGACUCGGUGCUGAGUGUGAAGCACAGCGACCCCAACGACAACCACGUGGGCGUCAAUGUGGGCGGCUCACCUGUGUCCCUCGCCUCUGCCACGGCCCCUCUCAUCCUCAACGACGCCCAAACCAAGCACGCCUGGAUCCACUACGACCCCACCAGCGGCGGCACUCUCCGAGUCUUCCUCUCCUCCGACCCCGUGCAGCCCCUCACCCCCACCCUCACAGCAAGCGUGUCUCUCUGCUCCGCUCUCAAGCCCACUGCGUCCGACUCUCUUUUCCUCUUCGGCUUUGUUGCCGUCUCAAGCAGCCAGCCCCAGGCGCACUCCAUCUUCUCCUGGAACUUCACCACAGGUACUGCACCUUGACAGGUACUCUGCGAACUACCGGUAUUGAAGGACCAACACAGGGAAUGUUCCUUCAUAUGCCCGCCAGUCAUACACUUUUGUACAUGCCGACGUGGUGUUGGGAUGUUGAGAAACAUACCGCUGCUCCAAUGAACACACCUGUGCGAGGUAGUGGCUCUAUGAAAGUGGAGCGUUUCAUCGGCUUUGUUCACUGGGUUGUGAAAGUGAUACCCUAUGAGGCCUGCCUAUGCCAGUCUAGAAACUGAGUCCCUACUAUCAGCCCUUGGUUCGCCCUGAAGUUUAACAGGCUCAAUGCUCCUGAAUCCCUACCGAGUCAGAUUAAAGAGUGCUAGUAGAAAAUAAUAAAUUAUAAUAAUA